CAAAAUGGCGGCUCCAGGAAGAACAGUUAUCGAACUUUCAUCUUUGCCUUUACAAAUGUUCUUCUACCUCAACACCUGGUAUUCAGUUGUGUUUUGUGUGGCAGAACUGCUCCUAUUUGUAUACAAAGGUACAAUUCUGCCUUACCCUAGUAUGGCAGGUACAUUAACAGUUGAAAUUCUAUUGGUACUUCUUUUGGCUUUCAUUGAAAGUGUGAGGCUGUUCUUUGGCUACAAGGGAAACUUGUCAGAAAGAUCCAUGGCUCUUAUAGUGUCUAUGAUUCUUGCUAUCCCCACUUUGUUUAUAGAGCUCUUCAUCCUCCUCUGGCAGACAUAUGUGUUAAGAUUGGAAGUGAUUCUGGUGGCCAUCCAGCUGGUUUUACUUGCUCUGGAAGUUAUUUUAAGCAUUGCUACGAUGUUUACUUUCCAAAAAUAUAGUUCAAUGCAAAGGUAAAGCAAGGCAAACACUGGACUCAAGUUUGAAACCAUCAAGAAAAAGUUCACACCAAAUGCGCUUGAUAGUUGGUUUUUACCGCGUUUUGUCUCAGAGAAACCUAAAAGUUAUGAAGUAAU